UGUACACUAAAAUUAAAUAUAUUUACAGAGCAACUUUUUAGAUUAGCAAUGUUUACUGAACUGAGAGUUCUAUCGGAAAAGUUUCCACCCUCUCCUUUUUGUUGCCACCGCCGUUUAUUUUCGAAAUAAAUUUCACGAAAUCCGGCGUCGUAAACCUCUACAUGUUAAUUUUAAGGAGUGCUUCAGAUUCAGAAGCAUAGAGCUUCUAGCAGAUUAUCUUCGGAAUCUCGUGCUUAUUACGAUGAGAGCUUUCGAGGCGAUAUGUUCGCUCUGGAUUUGGGACAAAGCUCCUUUAGACGAGCCACCGGGAGGCCAAAGUUGCCGGAUGAAGACAUGUACAAACAAUGCCGUGUUCAUAGGGAACAAAAUAUGUUGUCUGAAAGUUUCCGACAGAAAAAUGUUUCAACUGAACAACUUUACGAUGGCCGAUCAAACAGGAGAAGUGCAAUGAAGCAGCUAGAAUUCAUAGAUGUGCACGAGGAUCUGGAAUCGUCGGGUCUCCUUAACCCACGCCGUUCGUCAAGAUGGAGCCGGAGAUCCAUGCUUACGAAAUCUGACGUGGAAAUCGUGCAAAAGCUCAGGGAAUCGAAAGAGCACGAUGAUAACCUCGACUCGAAGGACUUGUUCAUGGAAUCUGAUCGGAAUCGGAAUUACUCAGUUGUUGAUUCUGCAAAGUUUGAAGGCAAUUCGAAAGCAUGGAUGUUGGAGAGAGAUAAUAUUGGUGAAAUUGGUCGGUCCGAUGGUUCUCUGCUAGUUGAACCUCACAAUCUACGUAGAGUUCGUACUUCUCGCAAAUCCUCCAUAGUUGAGUUGGAAGAGAAAGAUAAUGGGAAAAGUACAAGAAUUGUUGUACUAAGGCCAAACGCUGGUGAUAUGCAGAGUGAAGGUCUACCUGGUUCAUUACCAUAUGAUUCACGUGGUUACUUGUCCAACUAUAGGAAAAUGAAGGAGAAAUUGAGUAUUGGAGGUGCCGGAAGAAUAUCAGGGAGAAGGAAAGAUUCAUUUUCUAAUGUGGAAUUAUCGAGGCCUGUCUCCGCAGAAGCUAAAAAAAUAGCUAGGAAAAUUACGAGGAGAAUGAGAAGUGGUUGUAACGAGGUUGUGGAUUCAUGGUUCAGAAAAUACGUAGGGGAAAAGGAUUCGUGUGAUGAUGAUCUUGGAAGUGAUUCCGAAAACGAGUCCGAGAUGUUUCGAUUGUCAUCUAGAAAUUCAUUCAGUGAUGAUAAACAAUGGCGCAUGUAUCCAUCUUCUGGUUCAGUUGAGCCGUCUUUUAAAAGGGAGGCAAAGAAGAAAAUUUCUGAGAGGUGGAAAAUAACUCAAAGCUAUCAAGAAUUGGAAAUAGUUGACAAGGGUAGCACACUUGGUGAAAUGCUUGGCAUACCUGAUGGAGAAACAAGGUUUAAAAGUUAUGCUAAGACGAACAAAACUGGAAAUGGAUCGAAUGAUAAAAUGCGUAGAACUUCAUCUCGAUCGAGGUCUCUUCCUCCUUCAGUAGGUGAAAGAACUAACAGUAGGCGCACUGAAGAAAAACAUAUGAUAAUUAACGACCCCUUAAGCUGUGACAAAAAUAAAGUUGGUAAGGGAAAUCUAAGCCGUAAAGAUUAUUUUUCAUCUCAAGAUUUGAAAUGCAGGAAUAAGAACAAGAAGUCUCUUCCCUUUCAGCACAUGUAUACUAACGAGAUAGGCUCUUCGUCUGAAGCUAAUUUCGAGAUUCAAAUGGAACCGAAUGUUAAGGACUUACCUGAUAUCAACAGGAGAAGUCCUGUAAUAAUUUAUGAACGUGAAAGUACGACAACCUUUUCUUCCAAAUCUUCCGUGUUGCAGCCAAAGAAGUCUUCAGUUAUUGACGAUAAAGACAAUGCUCCUAGUCAUGAUCAAAACGACUUCACUAUUCAGGAACUUGACAAAGGACCACCUAAAGAAGGUUCUCCUUCAUUGGCUUAUUCGGAAUUCUCCAAGGAGGCUGAUCACGCUAGUCCUGUCUCGGUUCUUGCACCUUCUAGCUUCCAAGGUUUUGAGGAAGUCAGUGCUGCACUAAAUGAGCUCCGAAUGCAAUUGCAGCUGCUGAAGAUGGAAUCUGACUCAUAUAACUCGAUAUCCACUCUUGUCCUAAUUGAAGACGAAAAUGCACAACUAUCUUCACUGCUUCCAAAAGGCUGGAAACUCUCUUACAUUCUUGACGUGCUUAUCCACUCUAAUCUUCGAGUAUUUAGCUACGACAUGUCUGUGAUGACGUGGCACUCCAACAAAUCCCCAUUGGAUCCUAACUUGUUCGACAAACUCGAGAAGAAAUACGCUGAUCACGAAAUGAAUGAGCCGAUGCUGGAAAGGAAGUUGCUAUUUGACGGAAUAAAUUCAACACUAUUGAAGAUUCUUCAACAGAAGCUCGAUCUUUGCCCUUGGGUGAAACCGAAAUUAGCAGCACUGCCUUUGAUUUCGCAGAAGGAACGAGUUGUAGACGCUCUGGAGAAAUUGAUCAACGAAGAAUCUCCGUAUGGGCAGGUAGAUGAGAAGCUAUUAGUCGACAAGGAGAUGCUGUUUCAAGAUUCUAAACGAGAAAUGAACUUAUUAGGUAACGAAAUUGGGAAUUUGUUGAUGGAUGACAUGAUAAUCGAGAUUCUUGCGUAACUGCUCGUGUUAGGUUUUUUCCCCCCCGCAAAGAAAGCUGGUGAUUUUAAGUUGGUAUAACAUAGGCGAUGAAUUAAGAAUAAAGUCGGAAUAAGAAGUUACAGACAGGUUUCUUUUUUUUUUUUUUUUAGGCACAUCAGACAGUUUCAUGUUUCUUUGAUGUGUUGCAAGAAUAUGUUGAGAGGAGUGUCUAGAGAAUUCUAGAAUUAUAGGGUUUGUAGUUUUUUUUUUCGAUUGGUAUAAUUAAUUAAAUAAUUGAGUUUUAUUUGGUAUU